AUGGACGACGACAUGUACGACGAAAGCUACUCAUACAUGUCCUACUACGCAGCCUACCCCCCGCGCUUGGGGCCGACCCCGCCCCGCCCCGACCCCGUCACACAUUAUGACGUGCGCUACAUUGAAGACGUUUCAAUGCGGAGCGGCAAGGCUAUCGACCUGGUCUUCGUGCUCGACUGCACUGGCUCCAUGCAGCGGUACAUCAACUCUGUCCGUGACCACAUCUUUGCCAUCUGCGACAUGAUUCGUGGUGAGGAGGGACUGAACGGCGCAGACGAUUUGCGAGUAGCGGGCAGCGCUGACCGACUGAUCGUCAACUACCGCGACCACAAGCCACAGGACAACACCUACGUCUACAAGUUCAACUCGUUCACAUCCGACAUUGCUCAGGUCCAGGACUACCUCAAGGGCCUCACAGCUGCGGGAGGAGGCGACGGACCAGAAGCGGUCACUGCGGCGAUGGCGGCCUGUUUGACCGAGCUCGAAUGGCGGCGCGAGGCAGCGCGCAUGGUCGUCCUAAUCGCGGACGCUCCUCCUCAUGGUAUUGGCGAGAGCGGCGACCAAAUCAAGCAAGGCGACCCUGAUGGACAUGACCCGCUCGUUGUCGCACGUACCAUGGCUCAGCAUGGCAUUACCUUGUUCAUGGUCGCCUGUGAAGACACUCUGUCCAACUACUCUCGCGCAGUCGACUUUUUCACGGCCAUCUGCAACAUGACAUCGGGUGUGAUGCUCCCGCUAACCACCGCCGAUUUGCUGGCUAUGACGAUCGUAGGCAGUGUAUUGGAGAACAUGGACAUGGAGCGUCUCAUCGCAGAAAUCGGCCGAGAAGUUGCGCAGCGCAUCAAGGAGAAGGGUGAGACCUUGCAGAGCGUCGAGGAGGUCGCACAGGAGUUGCAUGAGCGCCUUCUGCUUCGCAACGAGCAGACCAAGCAGGUGCACCUGCCGGACGUCUACAUCCAGACCGACGCGUCGCGGAAGAACGUCUCGGCAUGGAUGAACGCGCAGUACAUCUACGAGGCGGCACCAAACAUCCUUCCUGUCGCAGGCCGCCGUCUCACCGACAAGUUCCGUAAGAACAAUUACAACGCCGGGUUUAAAUACACCCCUGGCGGUCGCCUACCGCCGCGCCGUCGCAUGAGCACCGAGGCCAAGGCCGAGGGCAUUGCGAUCGCGAAGCCGGAGCCCUCCUCGCCUCCUCGUACCGGGACAUCGCCCGCCUCGCCCAGUCGCCGCGUGGUGCAGGAUUUCAAGCCCUUCGGUGCCUCCGACACGGGCAUGAGCGUGUUUGGGGCGCCCAUGCUUCCGACCGGACCUGGCGGCGGCAUGUUUGGCGCCGCGGGCCGCACCCCCAUGAAUGCGAUGCGUGGACGCGGGGACGACGAUGAUGACGAUGACGACGAUGAGGGCACGCAGUUGCGCCGCGACGCCAUUUCGCUCGACCAGGCGCGCCGCAUUGCCACGCAGAGUGUCUUCCGUGCAGGCCGCCUUCCUCUCUAA